AUGACUGAGUCUGAUAAAAUACUAACCGCCAAAUAUCUGGAUUGGCAUACCAAAUUAAUUGGAUUACCAAGUAUUUUGACAGAUAAGAUUCGUUCCAAAUUAUACAAAAGAUAUAAAAAACAAACUGGAAAUGAGCCAUGGCAACUAACAGAAGUACAUGAAUCGGAAGUUAUAAAUUCAAAGCCAGAAAAAGGGCCUAUCACUUUCGAAGCCAGACCCGAUCCAGAAUCAAUUAUCAAAUCCGUCUUAGAGCACCUCCCAUACUUGAAAUUCCGAAAUAGUUUUAGAGGGAUUGACAAUUAUAAUUUUGAAUCACCUCAGCCGUGGAGCUCACCAUGUCCUAUUUGCGAUGGAAAACAUGGGAAUUAUGGAUUACAUGGCGAAUGGUGUAGGAAUGGAACAGAAUAUUGUCUUACUUGCUUCACUUCAAGCAAUAAAUUCAAAUUCGCGAUCGUAGCAUAA